CUAACUUUACUUAAAUGUUUUUAGGGCUAAAUAACCGUAUUUUGUUUGUGUGCGCACAAGGACGUACAGUAGUCGCAAGCGCAUGGCACGCGGUGUGGGUUGUGCAAUGUAACUCGAGGGGCGUUCCUCCUGGACCUAUAAGGAAGGUGGCACGUGUUGAGGCGUAGUGUCUGUGUGUCUGUGUGGUUGACGAGACGCGUGAACGGCUCCUCGACUGCAGGGCGAUUAUCGUGAGACCAAGUUGCCUCGAAGUCCUUUGGUCUUCAGAUAAGGGCUGCCUGCUGCUGCUGCUAUCACCAGGAAUAUGGCAGGGAUUCCGCCAGGAACGGGACCGUACCCGGUUGGCUGCACGGAUGUAAUGACUCCACACGGCGUGCAGGGCAGCUUCAUGCGCGUUUACUACCCAGCUCGUGAUGCCGUGGUGAAGCAGCCCAAGGUGAACCCGCAGCCGCUGUGGAUUCCUCGCCGGGAGUACACGGGCGGGCUCGUCAACUUCCUCAACCUCAACCCGUGCUUCACGAGCUUCUUCACCUUCAUGUUCGCUUCGUACCAUGUUCCUGUGGAAUGGAACGCACCGUUUCGUUCUGGAGAGAAGUUUCCGCUCAUCAUAUUUUCUCACGGCCUGGGGGCCUUCAGGACCCUGUACUCGACAGUCUGCGUGGAGAUGGCGUCACGGGGCUUCAUUGUAGGUGCGGUCGAGCACAGAGACCUGUCUUCCUCGGCCACUUACUUCAUUCGGCCAAAAGAGGGCGAGGGAGGGACAGCGGCUGAGGCGGCGGCGUGUGAUGGGGAGGAGAAAGCGGCACUGCACAACGGCGAGUGCAUGCAGGAGGUGUGGCUGCCCUACCGCAAGCUGCUGCCCGGAGAGAAGGAGUUCCCCCUGCGUAACCAGCAGGUUCACCAGCGCGCGGAUGAGUGCGUGCGCGGCCUGCGUCUGCUGGAGGACAUUAACGAAGGCCGUCCCAUUCAGAACGUGCUCCCCUCAGGCUUUGACUUCCAGCAGCUGAAGGGAAGCAUGGACCUGGAGAAGCUGUCGGUGAUGGGGCAUUCGUUUGGAGGAGCCACUGCAAUCGUCUCUCUGACCAAAGAGCCCCGGUUCAGGUGUGCUGUGGUCAUGGACAGCUGGAUGCUGCCGAUCGAGAGGGACCUGUACCCCAACGUCACGCAGCCGAUCUUCUUCAUCAACACGGAGAAGUUCCAGUGGGUGGCGAACAUCCAGAGCCAGCGGCAGCUCGACUCCAGCACCGUCGAUCGCAGGAUGAUCACCAUCCUGGGCACGGUGCACCAGAGCCAGGCCGACUUCACCUUUGUGACGGGCUCCUUUCUGGGAAAACUGGCCAAGACGCGGGGAACGCUGGACCCCUUGACCGCCAUCCACAUCAACAACAGGGCCUCGCUGGCCUUUCUGCAAAAGCACCUGGAACUCGACAAGGACUUCUCCCAGUGGGACAGCCUGUUGGACGGGAAGGGCGAGCACGUGAUCCGUGGGACCAACGUCGUCAUGCCGAGCGUUCCCCCGUCGCAGCUCUGAUUCCCAGGGGGCGGGUCUUCGCGGCAUCCCCCUCCCCGGCGUUCAAGGUUUGGCUGUGGAGGUCGCAAAUUCUUGCCGGUGCCACCGUGGUGAGCGGCCCUAGCGCCUGCUCUUUUUUUAAUUAUUAUUAUUAAAUGGCCUCAUUUGAUCCGCCUGCACUGUAUUAUGUAACGCGACAUUCCAAAGCGAAACGGACAAGUGUAUAAUCGCGUGUAAAAACAACAGAUUGUUCGCCAUACGUUUUACGCGGGUUGAUAUGCAAGUACCUUAGGUUAGCACGGUUGGCUACGUGCGGUGCGAAAGAAGUUCAACGUACAUAUACAUGUUGAGCUGUUUAUAGACACCCCGCUGAUUUCUAACUCCCCUUCUCACUUUCUUCUCAGCAGGUGCUUGAAUAUUGUGAAGGCGGUUGCUCCGUGUCUUGCAGGGGAGAGUGAGAGUUUUUUUGUUGAGUAAUUUGGGCUUUGGUGGGAAAUGUGUCGAGGCUCUCCAGCAAGAUGUUGUCAUCUGUAAAGUUUCUAACGGUAAUUUUAGUGUGGUAUCGACAAUUAGAUCACCCUGUAUGAUGACGGUACGGGAAAAGAAAUGUAACUUUACUUGGAGAAGUUGACUUAACGUCUGACGUGUAGGCUUUCGCGACCAAUAUUAUUCGUAAUAAUGUUUUUUUCUUUUUGGUUUAGAUGGCGUAAGUAGAAAUGUGUCGAUAACCUGCCACCACCCGACACAGCCAAUUAUUAAUGUUUGUCACGUGACUAAAAGGCGCCAAUUAUUAAUUACUUCAGCACAAGUGGUGUGUUGCAGAGUAAUUCCAUAACAUUUACAAUUUGAGUGCUGUGACGUUUCAUUGGUAACUGCAUCUGGCAUCAUCAGGUGAUUUGCCAGAAUUGUCAAAAUCGCCCGAUGAUGCUGGAUGUAAUUAACAGCAAACCGUCAUGGUACUCCGAUUGUAAAUAUUGUGAAUUUACUCUCCAAUACACUGGUGGGCUGAAGUCGUAAGCAAUUGGCACGUUUUGUUUACGUGACAAACCUUGCUCAUUGGCUGCGUCGGGUGGUGGCGGGUUAACGACACAUUUAUACUUCCACGAUCUUAGCCCAAAAAUCGUUAUUGUGACUUACCGUCUGUUUAAAUUUUGAUUUAAAGCUUUCGUGACUGCAGUGAUUCAUAUUCUUGGUUCUUUCGGUAAAGUCACGUUGAAGGGAAACAAUGAAAUAAUUAAAUAUAUAUAAAAUAAUUAAAUAUAUAGAACACAAUAAAUUUUUUUAUAUAUACCGAAAGAACCAAGAAUAUAUUACCGUCUGUUUGUUAUAUAUUCAUUACGUAACUAUGAGUAGCUAAUAAUGAAUUUUAACUGCCUAAUGUAAAGUAAUGAAGCCUUCAUUUAGGAAAGCUUCAUUGAGUUAUGAAACACUUUUUUAAGGAGGGUCUUGCAUUAACUAAUUCGUCAAUGAGUAUGAACACCGUAUAUUAGUGCGUAGGUGUUCGUGAUAUUUCUAUGUAGCUCUCCGAUGUGUUUUUUGGGUUGUUCCGCGUGUUGUUCAGUGUGAUGUCCGACGUUUCGCUCCAUGCGCUCACUUCCUCGCUUGAUUACAGGGCUGUUGCUGGUGUUGUCUGCUCUCGAUGCUGAUUGGCUCAGCUCUCUCUACCUAGUUCCCUCUCAAGCAAAAAUGUGACUUUUGCUCUCAAGCAAAAAUGUGACUUUUGCUUGAGAGGAAACCAGAGUACCCGGAUAAAGCUGUUCAUCUGAGUAUCUGGGGACAUGUCAGACCGUGCAACAUCUCGUGAACGAUUGCCCAAUCAGAUAAUUUAACGGCGAUCUGAGACAAAUCCACGCGGCUACUCCUGAAGCAGUCGAAUGCGAUAUGAAAUCGCGAUAUGAAAACUCGACGUAAAUUUAUAAUCUGUUGAAAUCCCCAAAAAAUGCACACCGGAGAGCUCUGAAGGCACAAGCGUUGGUGCUGUUCAGUCGAGGCACGUGGUCUUAAAUACAACCAACGUAUUUUAAACGCACUGCUGAUAAGGACUGGCAUAUUUUGCAUUGUAUUUUCCUGCAUUUGUUUAGUCUUUUUUUAAAGUUCAGAAUAAUGAAAAGUUGUUUGAACCGCUUUGGGAUUUUAUUUUAUUUGAAAAAAAAAUCCCUUCUCACUGUCAGUUUUUAUUAAUACUCAAUUGUAAUCGUUCUUUUAAUAUUGUGCAUGAUAUGCAAAACAGCAUCAUAAAAAAUAUAUAUGUAAAUUCAAUUUUCAGCCUUCUUUAAUAACUAGGAAUAAAUGCCUGGUAUGUUAUAUAACACUUGAGUUGUGAGAUAAAAACAUGUGUUCAAAGACAAAGAGGGAUUAAUCUUUUCUGGCAAGAGAGUGUCCAUUCUGUGCUUUUAUUCUUUUUAACGAAGUUAAAUUUAGACAAAUGUGUGGCAUUUUCAUCGCGUUUUGGGAGCACAUAAAUAAACGCAACUGUUUACAGAAAUAAUUAAAUUUGCACAAGCAAGGACCUCUGUUACGAGCCGUUAUUUUCACCAUGGCUCGAAUUAGUGUAGCCAAUGGAGCAGAAAAUAAUCUUCUCGUUGACCGAUGUUUACGUUUAUAUUCAACAUCGAGCCUGGUUCAUAAUGGACAAUCGAACUGGAGCCUUGGAAUAAUAAUUGCGGUGGAUGUAAUGUCUUCAUAUCAUACAUUGUGUGCUCUUUGCAUUACCCAACAAAUUUGCAGGGUAUUGUACGCAGUGAAAACAAAUGUGGUGGAAUAGUGGUGCCAUGGUUAGCGAACCGCGCUUCGAAUCGAGUGACCGUUUGAUUCCCAGUCACAGCUAACAUCAGUGGCGAGGGAUCUGAACCGGUCCUGCUCACCUCCCCCCCCCCCCCUCCUUUCCCUAACCCACAAUGACCAUCGUGGUGAAGUAUGGUCACACAACCCCCACGACUGGCACAGUAAAUGUCAUGAUUCGAGCGCUGUAAUUAGCCGUGUUUGCAGUAAAAGGUGGCGAUGGCAAGGUAAGCGCAGCGUGCGACAGAGAGCUACCACCCUUGUGGUAUCUCUCGUCUUGCCAUGCAAACCAGUGGCCAAGAGUAUCUUAAAAUAAUCUGGGCCCUAUCUGAGGUCAUCUCGGCCUGCAAUGAGUGCCUGGUCCCGUGUGGCCAAGAACUUCCCUGAAUAGGUGCUUGCUAAGAGUGUUUGUCCAACAGCCUACGUAGUCUCGCUAUUUCGUAAUUUAAGUAGUGCCUCAUCGUCUGCCUUUAUUAGUUACACAUUUUUAACUGUAAUGUGCUUUUUUGAUAAACAAAAUGCUGUCUUGAUAAUUCUGUACUUUGUUACCAAAAAACAGAUUAAUUCUGUACUAUCUUUACAACAGUAAUACAAAGCUAAUUGAUGUAACUUUGGAGAGUUUAUGAAUUAUUAUUUUAUUAACCCGAGUGAAAAUGUAUCCCCGUAUACUGCAGAUUAGUUAUCAAAAAUGUCUGGAACAUUUAAAACAUUUACAGAUGAUAUUACUUGAGAAACAUCCAUUUAUAGUUCAUGGAAUUGCUGCUGAAACAAAAAUGUGUGUUUUUAUCAUAAGAUAAGAGGCUGCCCCUGAACUCUGUACAAUGUAAUCCCGCAUUAAAACGCUACUCUCCUAUUGCAAGAAUAAA